AUGUCUGCAAAAGUCUUUGUGACGGGGAUUACAGGCUAUAUCGGGGGCCAGACUGUGGUUCAUUUAAUUCGCAAACUCCCUGAUUUGAGCAUGACUGCACUCGUCCGCGAUGGAGGGCAAGCAGCUGCUGUUAAGGCUGCCUUGCCACAGGUCAAGACAGUUGUUGGUAAUCUUGAUAGUGUAGAUAUUCUUGCACGACUGAGCGCGGAAUCCGACAUUGUACUUCAAUGCGCGUCCGCAGAUCAUCCUGUUGCCGUCGCCGCCAUCAUCAAAGGAAUAAAGUCGAAGCCCGUAGGGAGUGCCCCAGGCUUUCUCAUCCACACCUCCGGCACUGGAAUACUAGGAGACCCGGACCAGGAUUAUGGUGCGCCACCUGACAGGGAGUACGACGAUGUCGCUGAUAUCGAAACCAUCACCAAUUUCCCGCUAAAACGGUGGCACCGGAACGUUGACAAGCUCGUGCUCGACGCGUCCGCGGGCGAUAACCCAGUCGACAACGCUAAGAUCAAGACUUGCAUCGUUUGCCCCCCAACCAUCUAUGGAAGGGGCGAUGGCCUCAUCCGAGCCCGCAGCGUCCAACUUCCGGAUCUAGCUAACGCCGCUCUUCGCCGGGGUAGGUCCCUCACUGUCAACAAGGGGGAGAAUGAAUGGAGAAAUGUGCACGUCGCAGACUUAGCCGAUGCCUAUAUUCUCCUCGUUGAAGAAGCUCUCAAGGGUGGUGGCAAGGCAGACUGGAAUGCGGAGGGGUAUUACUUCGUUGAAAAUGGACACCAUGCUUGGAAAGACCUAGCGAAGGCUGUAGCUCAGGACGGGCUUAAAAAGGGAUAUUUUAAGAGCGAUAACGUGGAUGAACUCUCUGUGGAGGAAACGUUGGACGUGCAGUCAACCCCUCAUCCCGGACCCGAUAUUUGGGGUGUGAAUUCGCUGGGAAUUGCGAGUCGCAUUAGAUCUCUGGGUUGGAAGCCUCAGAAACCCUCGAUAUGGGAGUAUGUCUCAGAAGCUGUUGAUAUAGAAGCUCAAGCCCUAGGGCUUGAUAAGUAG